AUGGUGAGCAAGCAGAUGCGCUGCCGUGACAAGACAGGAGACCAAGCUGUCGAUGAAACACCAAAUGAAGACUGUUCAGACUGCAAGAAGCAGCAGAGAAGAAGAAGCACAGUGGGUAAAGAAGAAGAAAGCGAUAGUGAUGAGGAUGGCGAGGAGGACGACGACGAUCUUCGGGUUUCCACUCGCUGUGGUAAUCAACUUGAGCUAGCAGAUUCGGAGCGUGUAUUUCCUCCGCCGACAAGUCAAGUGGCGUCGCUUAAUAAGGAGUUGAAGGCUCUUGAGACCCGAUACUUCCGAACGCGACUGACAUUAGAGAAAGUGAGAGAGAAGAAUGAUCAGCUUCGCAGCGAGAUGAAGAAAGUGAUUAAGCACAACACAAAGCACGAGCGGGAAAUCUCCAAGCUACGACAUCUCAUCGAUCGCAUCCAGUCUGAACGUAAACAACUCGAGCAACAAGCAAUCAGCAAUCGCGACUAUGCGAAGAAGAUCGAGCAUCGUUUCUUCAUGGGCACCAAGGGGAAGUCUCUAGUUCAGUGCAACCUCGAACUCAGUUCUCGUUUGCGCUUGUUAGAGACCACUCUCAAGAAGAAAGAUGAAGGCCUAGAGAAGACUCAACAAGAGCGAGAUGAAGCCAGAGACAAGCUUUCCAUCGUGCAACGAGCUUUAGACACUCGCCUCGAGUCGUACGCGCUCAAUGGCUGUCUACACACCGGUCUUCUAUUCGAGAUCUCAAAGCUACAAGACCAUAGUGAAGCGCUAGCUCUGCAACUCGCUCAAGAACGGAAACUCGUGUCAACACUGCGAACACAACUUCAGAUCUCCCAGAAGCGCGAAGAAGAGUUAGAAGAUGCGCGUACAGUGCGUGAGUCAUGGGUGGCUACACUGGAGAAGGAGCGUGUUGCUCUAGACGAGAAGAUGGCGCAGCUAUCAGGCGACGUACAGACUGCCGCGUGUGAGAAGGCGACACUACUGCGUUUUAUCCACGAACAAGCGGAGACGAAGUUCCAGCUCGAAGCGCGACUUAAAGACGAGCAAGCUCAGCGUCGACAAGAAGCGGAGCGAGCACAGCACGCGUUGAAACUAUGGGAAGAAGAGAUACAGCAGCUUACCACGAGUGUCCAGACAGCACGACAGGAGACUCAACAGCAGCGAGACGAGUGUGAACGCGUUCAGGUUACGCUCCGAGAGCAACAAGAAGCCAACUCAACGCUGCGAUCUCGAGAGAAAGAACUGGAACUGGAGCUGGAGCGACUACGAGAUGCUCGUAAGAAGUUCGAGGACGAUUUCUUGGCCGCUAAAGAUGUAUGUCGGGAGCUGCAAGUCACAGUUGAACAGCAUGAAGAAGGCGGCAGUAAGUUGCGCUUAGAGAUCGAAGCAUUGGAAAAUGCUCGACGUGAUUUACUUGGACAACUGGAGACGAAGCGAUCGGAAGAGCAAGCACUGCGAGAAGCGAUGGAAGGAGCACUACAGGAUCUUGCAGCGUUGUCGAAGCAACGCAACGAAGCUGCCAAGGCCAUGAGUGAAGCUGUGACUAUCAGUGCGUCGUCGCUGGAAGAGCAGCAGGCUCUGGAGCAUCAAGUGGAAGCCCAACGCUCACAGAUUGAGAAGCUGAAAAACGCCAAGAACUUGUUGCAGAAUGCCAUGCUGGAACAACUUGCAGCUCUGCGCAAGCAACUGCAUCUGGAGCGACGACAACGCAUCGAAGCGGAGGCGCGACUCAAGCAUGUGAAGCCUGCAGUCAUAGCAGAUACCCGUCCACCGACAGAAGACUCAAGAAGACCAGAGCCAGCGGACUGGGAGGCUCCACAACCAUUGCCAUCUCCUUCGCCCUCGCCACCUCCACUUCCUCCGUAUCUGUCAACAAACCUGUCAGUGGCGUCGUCAUCAUCGGCUUCAUCGUCAGACGAAGACGAUGUCUGUGAAGCCUUUGACGAUGAGUUCAGCCCUGUUAAACCGACAUCAGAGACUCCGGUCGGUGAGUUAGAAGACGAUCACGCAGAGUCGGAAGCGAUCUCGUUGCUGGAACUUGCUGGAGAUAUAGGAGACAACACAGAGUGA